ACGCGCCCGAUCUCGGGAGAUAACGCCACUCUAGCAACACUAGGACGCAACGGCGAUGUUUUAGUGGACAAUUCUAGCAUUGCAAAGAUCCAAUGCUCAUUCGAGAUCGACUUAGACACCAAAAUCGUUAUGUUCGACGACAGAUCGCACGGUCAGACAAGUCAAGUUUUCGGCGAAAACGCUACACCAUUCGAGUAUGGACGUCUUCGUAAAGUCGUCGUGCAAAGUGAUGCCAACAACAUCAUUGGCAUGGGGGGUGUUGGGCGAGACCUCAUCCAGUUCCAGCUGAUACAUCGACAAGGAUGGGUGCAACUGAAGCGCGAAGACCACAUUGUGGACUACAUCUCGUCCCAGGGCUGGGACGGGCCCAAAGUGGAGAUCUUCAUGGGUCUAAAAGAAGGAACCCUGGAGUCGUUCCGUGAGGUAUGGAACAGCUUCAAGACCUAUCAAGAUGCUCGAGGAGCGAUUUUGUCGGCGGCCUCACGCGUGGGCGUCAUUCGGGAAAUGGCAAGGAUCGACCCGGAGGAGCGCGCUUCCGCGGCACAGAUGCUUGUCAAGUGCUUCAAUGGAAAAGGACUCACCACUCCACGCAAUCAGGUUCUAUCCAUCAGUCCCACAAAAGACAACAGCAAGGCCCUGACCGCAAAUGCCGACGACACUCCAGCUGCAGCCAGUCCCGCGUUGACGGGCAAGGCACAACCACAACGCAGAGAUUUUCGAAGGAACGUGAAUCCAGCUGCAGGUCAGUUCCGCGUCGACAAGGCUUGGUUCCCUCAAGCGCAACUACGACAGCCGGGUGGUCCACCGCCCAAAAGGCUUGCAGGGCAAGCGUUCGGUCCUCAGGCCCCAGUAAACUAUCGGAUUCCUGGCAGUUUUCCCGAUGACACCAUUGACGUGGCAGAACCACGGAAGCGGCCCAGAUUUACCGCGGGCCACGCGGCGAGGGCCAUCUGGCGCACCCCUUCGGCCAUCGAACUCGGGAAGCUGCUUUCGGGCUCCGAGAAGCAGCACCGGCGGCUCGGCGGCUGGGCUUUAACUUCGGCGCGUUUGGGGAGAAGGAGGAGCGGGCGGGCGCAGUGCGCCCCCAAGACGAUCGAGCUCCGAAUGGUUGAGGACACGCUCUAG